AUGUCAGGACGGUCUGAACGGCCCAGUAAGAAGCUCCGGACGCUGAGUACAGACUCUGAGGGCACCGAGGAGGGCUACGAUUGGGUUGGCAUCAACAGCAAGGGCUUGAGUGCUGCGUCGUCGGCGUCACGGCCAGGCAAGGCUGAGAAGGCGACGGCGACGGCGAUGGGGAAGAACAGUGACCAACGCGCUGCAGCCGUCAAGGCCUCAAAAGCAAUCAAAGUAGCUGACCUCCCACCUCCCAGAACUACUCGCUCCCGCCGCAACACCGCUUCAGAAAAUAUCUCUACAGCCAGCGUCUCACGUGAGCCACCUGGCACCAAGAGCCCAACCUCCAUGCGCCUGACCGUCAAGACCUCGUCCAGCAAGCUGCGAGAAGCGACCCGAUCUAGUUCGUCAGGCGGCUCGCGAGACCCAUUUGUUGGAGGCGAAAUCAUCGAGGGUAAGCGGAGCAGGAACGUCAAGAACAAGACUUAUGUCAUUCCAAACGAGAGUGACGAAGAGAGCGAUGAGGAGAUGGAGGAUGCGGCCGAUGAGGAUGCCGAAGAGGAGGAUGACGAGGACGAGGAUAUGAAUGCGGAGGAUGAUGGACUGGGUGAUGAAGAUGCGGAUGGGGAUGUUGACAUGGAAGUCGAUGCUCCGCCACCACCGCCUGUGGUCAAGGUCUCAAGAGCUUCUGGCAAGAGCAGGGAUGUUGUUACGGCCAAGGCGCCACAAGUUAAAAGCAAUGUCGUGCCGGUUGAACGGAAGGAGACGGAGGACGGUAGCGAUGACGAGGAGCUAAGCGAGCUGGACAGUGAUCUUGGCGAGGAGAUUGAGGAGGAAGAGGGCAUGCAGACAGGAAAUGAAGAGGAUGCCGAAGGCGAAGAAGAGGAGAUGGAAGUUGAGGAGGGCGAAGAAGAAGACAGCUUGGAAGACGACGCUGGGACGCCAGGAAUAGGAAGUCGUGCUUCGACUCCGGAUCUCAAUAAGCUUACCAAGCGCCAAAGGGCACGUUUCGAAGAAAGCGACGGUGGGCAUCUGUUGGCUUUGCCUGAUGAGGUCCAAGUUAAGAAACACCUUACAGCAGAAGAACACGCGAUGCGCCGCGCCGAGAUGGCGCGCCGCCGCAAGAACCUCUCUGAGAAGCGCAACGAAGAAGAGAAAAUGGAAACCAUCAAUAAACUCCUCAAUAAACAGGCACCCAAAACCAACGCCCGCCGCAACCUCAUGAACGCAGCUGACACCGGCACCGGCAACGCGGAUUCCGAGAAUGGGGCGAGGCCGGAUUCCAUGUUUGUCAGGUGGGUAAGUAGCAAGGAGGGAAAUAGGAUCGGGGUGCCGCAAGAGUGGCUCGAUGCGCCGGUGGGCGAGUUGUUGAGGGGAAGUGUGAAGGGGGGCGGGGGAAUGGGCGGGAAGUUGAUUCAAGAGGUUUCUUAG